UUAGGAGAUGCACUCCUUCCCUGUUGCUGCUGCCUCAACAGAAUUGUUUCAGUAAGUGUUCUGUUUAUCAAGAGACAGGAGAGUGUUUUCAGACAUUGUGAGUACUCAGUUUUUGUUUGCAGUUAGAUUAAGAGGAAAGUUGACCCAAAGCUCUUGUAGAGCUCUUCUAAUCUCUUUGGUUGAGAAGAUCUGUCCUCCCACAGACUCACCUUCAGCAUUACAAAGGAGUACAUCUUCCUGAUGACAAGCUCUCUUUGCAGGGAUACCUCAAACUUGGUUAAUCCAGAAGCAGCAUCUUCUGUUACAAAAAUUUAAGAGACACAUGAGAAAUUAGAGUGCUGCUUGUACAUCUUCGGACUACCACUUACCCACAAGAUCCAGGGCAUUCACAAUGAGCAUCAGUGAAGACGACGUGGAGAAGUUUCUUGAUGGCAACCCUGAUUUUGCCAAGCAGUAUUUUGAGAAGAAACUAAAAACGGAGUCCUGGGAUGACAAUGAGAGUGAUAUACUUUUUGAGUUGAUCCAAGAUAUGCAAGAAAGCAUCAACAUGGAGAAAGUUGUUUUCAAGACCUUGAGAAGAAUCAGGUCCCUUAUUCAUGCUGACCGCUGUAGUCUCUUCAUGUACAGGCAGAGAAAUGGCACUCCUGAACUGGCAACAAGGCUCUUCAACAUCCAAGAGGGAAGUACUCUGGAGGAAUGCCUGGUCGCCCCAGACUGUGAGAUUGUCUAUCCAUUGGACAUAGGCAUUGUGGGCCAUGUCGCUCAGACCAAGAAAACCAUGAACAUCAAGGAUGUCCGUGAGUGUGCCCAGUUCAGCCCAUUUGUUGAUGAACUCACCGACUACACUACAAAAAACAUCCUAGCAACACCCAUCUUGAAUGGCAAAGACUUGGUUGCUGUCAUUGUGGCUAUAAAUAAGCUGAACGGCCCACACUUCACCAGCUCUGAUGAAACACUUUUUCUGAAGUAUCUGAAUUUUGCAUCCUUGAACUUGAAAAUUUAUCAUUUGAGUUAUCUUCACAACUGUGAGACUCGAAGAGGCCAGGUACUGUUGUGGUCAGCUAACAAGGUUUUUGAGGAACUGACGGACAUUGAGAGGCAGUUCCACAAGGCUUUUUAUACGGUGAGGGCAUACCUGAACUGUGACCGAUACUCAGUUGGUCUCCUGGACAUGACAAAGCAGAAGGUGAGUUUUUUUGACCUAUGGCCAGUCUUGUUGGGAGAAGUACCUCCCUACUCAGGACCUCGAACCCCGGAUGGCAGGGAAAUAGUCUUUUACAAGGUCAUUGAUUAUAUAUUACAUGGAAAAGAAGACAUUAAAGUCAUCCCAAAUCCUACCCCGGAUCACUGGGCACUAGUUACUGGACUGCCAGCCUAUGUGGCUGAAAGUGGAUUUAUUUGCAACAUUAUGAAUGCUGCUGCAGAUGAGAUGUUUAACUUUCAGGAAGGUCCUCUAGAUGAAUCAGGAUGGACUAUCAAAAACGUUCUCUCCAUGCCAAUAGUGAAUAAAAGGGAAGAAAUUGUUGGUGUUGUCACAUUUUAUAACAGAAAAGAUGGGAAACCAUUUGAUGAACAGGAUGAAACCCUCAUGGAGUCCUUGACACAGUUCCUGGGUUGGUCUGUACUCAACACAGACACAUAUGAUAAGAUGAACAAGUUGGAGAACCGUAAGGACAUUGCUCAGGACAUGGUGCUCUACCACGUGAAAUGUGACAAGGAUGAAAUCCAGGAAAUUCUGCCAACACGAGAAAAGCUGGGGAAGGAGCCAAGUGAGUGUGACGAAGAGGAGCUGGCAAGCAUUCUGAAAGAAGAACUCCCGGGGCCCACUAAGUUCGAAAUCUAUGAGUUCAGGUUCUCUGAUUUUGACUGCACUGAGCUAGAGCUGGUGAAGUGUGGCAUUCAGAUGUACUACGAGCUUGGCGUGGUGAAAAAGUUCCAGAUCCCACAGGAGGUUCUGGUAAGGUUUGUGUACUCUGUCAGCAAAGGCUACCGGAAGAUAACAUACCACAACUGGCGUCAUGGCUUCAACGUUGCACAGACCAUGUUCACGCUCCUGAUGACUGGCAAACUGAAGCGUUAUUACACCGACCUCGAAGCCCUUGCAAUGGUAACUGCGGCUCUGUGCCAUGAUAUUGAUCACAGGGGAACCAACAACCUCUACCAAAUGAAAUCUCAAAAUCCAUUAGCUAAACUUCAUGGAUCCUCUAUUUUAGAGAGACAUCACCUGGAAUUCGGAAAAUUCUUGCUCUCUGAGGAGUCACUGAAUAUAUGUCAGAACCUCAACCGCAGGCAGCACGAGCAUGUGAUUCACCUGAUGGAAAUUGCCAUUAUAGCAACAGACCUGGCACUCUACUUCAAAAAGCGAACAAUGUUUCAAAAGAUUGUUGAUGAGUCUAAGACGUAUGACAGCAUGACUGCCUGGACUGAGUAUCUGUCUCUGGAGACAACAAAGAAAGAGGUUGUCAUGGCCAUGAUGAUGACUGCCUGUGACUUGUCAGCGAUCACAAAGCCUUGGGAAGUCCAGAGUAAGGUAGCUCUACUGGUAGCAGCUGAGUUCUGGGAGCAAGGAGAUUUGGAAAUAAGUGUCCUUCAGCAACAGCCCAUUCCGAUGAUGGACCGAAGGAAAGCUGCUGAGCUUCCAAAGCUUCAAGUGGGUUUCAUUGACUUUGUGUGUACAUUUGUCUAUAAGGAGUUUUCCCGUUUCCAUGAGGAGAUUCAACCUAUGCUUGAUGGGCUGCUGAACAACAGAAAUGAGUGGAAGACCCGUGCUGAUGAGUAUGAUGCAAAAAUUAAAGCACUGGAGGAGGAGAAGAAAAAAGAGGAAGAGAGAAUGGCUGCAAAGAGAGGUCAGAAAAAGUGAAAUAACCUGUAAUGGAGGAACAGCUCCAGCUUCCAAAACCUGCAGCAUACUUUAGACCUAUUCUCACUGAAAUAUAUGCCACACAAAAUGAGAACACCCAUAUAAAAACAACAACAACAACAACUAAACCAAAUCAAAACCAAAACCAAAACCAAACCAAACCAAACAAACAAACAAACAAAAAAACCCAACCAAAAACCAACCAAACAAAAAAAAACC